AGGAGAUGAGCUGCAUCCACACUUACUUCACGACUCUCAUGGGGGGGCUUGUCGACGAUCUGGAAGACCUGGUCGUGGAUGCCGUUCUUACCGCUCCUGGUGUGCGCCGUCCGCCUGGCUCGGUUGUCGCUUCAUCCCCAGAUCCGCCUACGUGUGGACGGUAUCCCCCAAUUAAAACAGCUGGUGGAUGGGUAUAUAAUCCCACCCCCCCAGUAUUCGAUCGUCAGCCAGACCGAGGCGGACGACAAGCAGAGAGAGGCCCAUAAGCAGAGCCAGUCUGCUGCUGGGCAGAGCCCUGCCGAUGACAAGCUGGUCCCUUUCCAUCAGCUCGACCUGACAGACCUCAACAUAUUUUCCGAAGACGGUAGGCACCGGUCACCAGGUUACGUCAGCUACCUAGCAUCUUUGGGUUUGGCCUUCACCCAUCAACUUGUUCUUGCCGAUGAACUUCAGCGCAAGGAUAUCAUCCGGGAGAAUAUGUCUAUUGAUCGAGACUUUCUCCCGGAAGCGUUGGAAAUGGCCCGUACCAUUUCUCCUCCGACAGCCGUACCAGCCGAGAUCGCCGAUGAC